AUGAAUAAACAUCCCAAACCUAAGCCUAGCCGUUACGCUUCCACGCCUUCUGAAAGCCCGCAGCGGCAUUAUCGCCGAAAUCCGAAAGCCCGACGUCCAGUGAAGGAAACCCUGAAUGCUCGCUCCGAGUAUACGACAAGCCAAGAUGAUGGGACUGCCGAACACAGGAUCAAUCAAUAUGUUAUAAAGCAGGAGAUUGGCAGAGGAUCGUUCGGCGCAGUUCACCUCGCAGUGGAUCAAUAUGGGAAUGAAUUUGCCGUCAAGGAGUUCUCUAAAUCACGACUAAGGAAACGCGCCCAAUCACAUCUUCUCCGCAGACCUCGAGGACCUAAACGACCGUCAGAUGGCUUCAAUUCUCCUCUACAUCGUCAUCCGUCGGGGACUGAGGACGAGCACGGCAAGAACCCACUCUAUCUCAUCAAGGAAGAGAUCGCCAUCAUGAAGAAGCUGAAUCACAACAACCUGGUGUCUUUGAUUGAAGUUUUAGAUGACCCCACAGAGGACUCCCUAUAUAUGGUAAUGGAAAUGUGUAAAAAGGGUGUGAUCAUGAAGGUUGGACUGGAAGAAAGGGCUGACCCUUACAGCGAUGAACAAUGUCGCUGCUGGUUCCGCGACUUGAUUUUGGGAAUUGAAUAUUUACAUGGCCAGGGUAUCGUGCAUCGAGAUAUCAAGCCAGACAACUGUUUAUUGACGAAUGAUGACGUUCUCAAGAUUGUUGAUUUUGGAGUAUCCGAGAUGUUCGAGAAGGAUUCGGAUAUGUUCACAGCCAAAUCGGCUGGCUCGCCUGCCUUUCUUCCACCGGAGCUGUGUGUGGUAAAGCAUGGCGAUGUCUCGGGAAGAGCAGCAGAUAUCUGGUCUAUGGGCGUUACUCUCUACUGUCUCCGCUAUGGUAGGCUGCCAUUUGAGAAGCAAAGCAUCUUCGAACUCUAUGAAGCCAUCAGAAACGACCCCGUGGUAUGCGAAGAGGAAACGGAUGAUAAUUUCAAAGACUUGAUAUUGCGGAUACUGGAGAAGGAUCCAAGCAAAAGAAUCACAAUGAGAGAGUUGCGAAUGAAAGCUGCGAAACGCUUCAAACGGCUUCUAGGGCCAGCUAAAGCCGAGCCGGUGAUGCAAAGUAUACUCGGCCAGGAGUAUGAGAGUCGUUUCGUGGAGCCGCCGCUCGCGAUGGAACCGGAAGAGAGCGUCUCGUCCAGUGAUAUUCUCAUGGGUAACAGAAGCCAGAGUGUAACUUCAUACAAUAGAAAGCCCUUGGAACGUGAGGAGGUUCUGAAAGGCUAUCAUCAGAAGUACGAAAAAUCACCCGAAAUUAGUGAUUCAGCCGGCAAGUAUACUACUCAACAAGAUCUUCUGCUAAGCAUCUCAACCGAACGUUCCGUGGGCAUUACACCGGAAAGGCAAGAUUCAAGCUCUAUCACCAGCUACAAGCCUUGCACCAAGUUGGUCGACGAUCUACAGGCGAAUUUCUCUCGUCAGUCCCCUUCUCCCCAGACAACACUGUCGCGGGCCAGUUCGGCUACAACAAAGCGCAGCGUCGAGGGUACUAGGGGCCACGCGCGGGAUCCUUUAGAAGAGGCAUUCCCAUACCUCUUUAUUGGUCCUUCCACCUACACGGGGUCUGAUCCGGAAGAUAUCGAUAUGGAGCGCAACGCCGACCAAUCGGAAACUUUUCGGUCAGACGAGCCCCUAGAGACGAGUCUAGCAGGGGAUGAGGUUAUCCCUAUAGUGAGCGAGUCACCAGGUGCUGCUGAUUUCGACAUUUAUGAAACAGCGUAUCGACAGGAGAUCGCUCGAAUUCGCAAACUCACUCUGGCUCGUGAAGGUACUCUACCCAAAGUGUACUUAACUCGGCGCGUUGAAGACAAAGAUGAGGUCUUAAGACUUGUCGAGGACAGGUCUCUUGACACGAACUACGAAACUGCUGCUCGCGAAGCAGAUACAGUUAUUGGUGAGAAGAUCAUGGCGCCAUCCAGCCCGCGCUCUGGAGUGAGCAUGAUAAAAACUCAGCUGGAUGGCCAACUCAAGUUGACAGCAAAUGAAGCCCAUGUUCAACAAAGACUCGAAUGA